AUGGACGGCCAUAAAAUGCUAUGGAAUAAUGAGAAGGAGAACAUUCUGCGCGGGCCGUAUGACUACCUGGAAUCGACGCCAGGCAAAGACGUCCGAUCACAACUGAUCACUGCGUUCAACGCAUGGCUUCAAGUGCCUGUCCCUUCGCUACGAGUCAUCACACGCGUUGUAGCCAUGCUACACACUGCCUCAUUACUCAUUGACGAUGUGGAGGACAACAGUCUUCUGAGACGAGGGAAACCUGUGGCGCAUAGCAUAUUUGGCACAGCUCAAACAAUCAAUAGCGCAAAUUAUAUAUACUUUUGCGCACUCCAAGAGCUGUUGACCUUGGACAACCCGGAGGUUAUCCGCAUAUAUACUGAAGAGUUGCUAAAUCUGCACCGCGGCCAAGGCAUGGACCUCUUCUGGCGUGAUACUCUGACGUGUCCCACGGAGGAUGACUACCUUGAGAUGGUCGGAAACAAGACUGGCGGUCUAUUUCGUUUAGCUAUCAAACUCAUGUGUGCCGAGUCUCCUUCUCAAAAUCCACCUAAAACCGGCAGCAGUGGCAGCGAUCAGAAGGCACCACUACAACAGCAACCAGUCGACUACAUACCGCUUGUGAACACCGUCGGCCUUCUAUUCCAAAUCCUCGACGAUUACCGAAAUCUCAGCGAUACGACAUACACACAGAACAAGGGACUUUGUGAGGACCUGACGGAAGGCAAAUUCAGCUUCCCCAUCAUACACGCAAUACGCUCAGAGCCCGGCAAUUUGGUCCUCAUAAACAUUCUGAAACAAAAGACCAACGACGAAGAUGUCAAGAGAUAUGCUAUCAGUUAUAUGGAGGGCACAGGUAGCUUCGCAUACACUCGCCGUGUAUUGCGCGGCCUUACGAAGAAAGCCCUUGCUUUGGUCGAUGAGGUCGAUCGCAGCACGGGCGUGGAGGCGCGAGGAGGCGGUGUCCGAGCGAUCUUGGAACGCUUGCGCGUGGACAAGCAACGGGAUAGGGCAAGCAUGGCUGAGAUAUCAGAGGACCGGGAAAGGUGA